AUGGAGCUUUCUUCAAAAGACAACUUUCUCGACAUGUUCGGAUACCCCGGCUACUUGGCAGUGCUAGUCAGUCACAUGCUAAAAAGUAUGAGUUUCACAACGAACGGGUCAACUCCGAGCACACACCAGAAACUGCGCUCCAGAAUAACCGAAGAAGCGGCUGGUGGAGGUGAAAGAAUAAGAGUCACCGGAUGGGAUGCGGUGAAAUUUGGCGUCGCGGAAGCAUCCACUUACAGUAAAGUCCUCCUCGUCGCUCCGUCGAGUGACGAAAAAGCGACGUUCUCCGAUGAGAAACAGUUGAAAAAGUGGACGGAUAAAGUGACCAGGCAAAAUGCGAAGAAACAACUCCUCAAUUUGAUUUCAGCCCUUUCCGCUACCGCUCCCGGUGGCACAGUUUUCUACGCCACUAGAUCCAUGUCUCCCUUCGAAAACGACGAAGUAGUGGAAAAAGCGCUCAAAAAGUCGCGAACGGAGCCUGUGGCGAUGAAGAUUUCAAGCACAAUCGGAAGAGCGACAAAGUACGGAAUACAAAUUCUGCCCAACGAGGCGCCCUUUGGUCCACUUUAUGUUUCUAAACUGAAAAUACAGUCGGAAUAA